AUGUACUCUCAAGGACUCUUCAAAGCCGCCACAAACGGCCAGCGCAACAACAACAACCCGCGCGGCGCCUCAACACUAGAACACUACCGAAAAUGCACCCCAGAAGCCAUCUACACGAAAGCAGAACGUGCAGAAGCUUGCCAUCAGAAUAGCAUGGAGAAUGCGCCGUUUUUCAUUGGGGCGGUGUCGGCGGGGAAUGCGGUGGGGUUGGAUGUUGCAACGAUGAACACCAUGGUAGCGUCGUACAUCGGUCUACGCGUCAUCUACAGUUUCCUGUAUGUGAAAGUUGAGAAGAACAAGACGAGUUAUCUGAGGAGUGGGACGUGGGCUGCUAGUGUGGCGGUGUUGAUGACGAUGUUUGUCAAGGCGGGGAACAAGAUGAACAGGAGUCUUGGGAUGUGA